AAGGCACUUGCCCGGGCACGGAGACCGUAACUCGGUCCGGAAUUGAUCGCAGAGUGAUGACAGUUUCAACGCAGACCAAAUUAGACGAGAAAUAACUCACUUUCACCUCUGUCGUUUUGUGAACUGGACCAAUUUUACUUGCAGAAAUAAACCAAGGCGCAAUUCCAGACCAUGCGCCCUGUUUAAACAGUUGCGCAAAGACGGACAGGUCAUUUGACAGCUCGCCAACGGGACAUUGGAGUGGACAUGUGAAGAAAUGGAUAUGCAUCCUCUUCAUCUGAUCAAGAUGCGAUCUGAAAUCGUCAUCUUCCUCAUCCUCACUGCUGUGGUUGUUCCCCAGUGCGCCUCGCAGUCAGUUUGUCCUGGCACCGAUAAUAAGCUCAGUACACUGUCUGAUUUGGACCAGCAGUACAGAACUCUCCGUAAAUUCUACGAGAACUGUGAGGUUGUCAUGGGUAAUCUGGAGAUCACCAGUAUUGAACGGAACCGCAACUUGUCUUUCCUCAAGUCUAUCCGGGAGGUGACAGGUUAUGUGUUGGUGGCUCUGAACCAAUUUGACUAUCUUCCUCUUGAGAACCUGCGGAUCAUCCGUGGCACUAAUGUGUAUGAAGGACGCUAUGCGCUGGCCAUCUUUCUCAACUACAGACGAGAUGGCUACUUUGGUCUUAGACAACUCGGACUCAAGAACUUGACAGAAAUCCUGAAUGGAGGUGUAUAUGUGGAUCAGAAUAAAUUCUUGUGCCAUGCUGACACCAUUCACUGGCAUGACAUCAUCAAGAACUCCCAUGCUGAACUUCUAGUGGUUCCUUCCAACAACAGUGGCAACGCAUGCAGACGGUGUCACAGAUCUUGUAAUGGACGUUGCUGGGGUCACCAAGAAGACCAGUGCCAAAUCUUGACAAAGACGGUAUGUGCUGAGCAAUGUGAUGGUCGUUGUUUUGGUCCGUACGUCAGUAACUGCUGCCAUCAAGAAUGUGCUGGAGGAUGUUUUGGGCCUAAAGACAUGGACUGCUUCGCUUGUACGAAUUUCAAUGACAGCGGUGCAUGUGUGACACAGUGUCCUCAGCCGUUUGUCUACAAUCCAACAACCUUCCAGCUCGAGUACAAUCCCAAAGCCAAAUACACCUAUGGAGCUUUCUGUGUCAAGAAAUGCCCACAUAACUUUGUGGUGGAUCACAGCUCUUGUGUCAGAGCCUGUCCGAGCAACAAGAUGGAGGUUGAGGAAAAUCACAGCAAGAUGUGCAUCCCGUGCACUGACAUCUGUCCGAAAGUGUGUGAUGGAAUAGGUACCGGCAGUCUUCAGACAGCUCAAACUGUAGAUUCCAGCAACAUUGAGAAGUUUGUCAAUUGCACCAAGAUCAAUGGCAACCUCAUCUUCCUCAUCACUGGCAUCAAAGGGGAUAUGUUUCAUGGUAUCAAAGCCCUGGACCCUGAUCAGCUAAAUGUAUUCCGCACCGUUAGAGAGAUUACAGGAUUUUUGAACAUCCAGUCAUGGCCGGAAAACAUGACGGAUCUUGGUGUUUUCUCAAAUCUUGCCACCAUUGGAGGACGAACUCUUUAUAGUGGUAUUUCUCUGCUGAUCCUGAAACAGCGCUGGAUCUCUUCACUGCAGUUCCAGUCUCUGAGAGAGAUCAGCGCUGGUAACGUUUACAUAACCAACAACAGUCAGCUCUGCUUCUACAAUACAGUGAACUGGACGGGCCUGUUCCGCACCAGCACCCAGAGAGCGCUCAUAAAAAACAACAGAGACCCUAGAGAGUGCACUAAACAGCAUAUGGUGUGUGAUCCACUGUGUUCAGAGGCAGGAUGCUGGGGUCCAGGUCCAGACCAGUGUCUCUCAUGUAAAUACUUCAGCCGGGGCAGAACAUGUGUUAAAUCUUGCAACUUAUAUUAUGGAGAUGUUCGAGAGUUUGCCAAUGGCUCUGCCUGUGUGGAGUGUGACAACCAGUGUGAAAAGGCCAGUGAAAAAAGUUUGACAUGCCAUGGCCCGGGUCCAGACCACUGUACUAAGUGCCUGCAUCUCAAAGAUGGGCCCAACUGUGUGGAGAAAUGUCCUGAUGGCCUUCAGGGAGCAAACAGCUUCAUCUUCAAAUAUGCUGAGCCCAACAAUGAGUGCCAUCCCUGCCACCCCAACUGCACCAAGGGUUGCACUGGACCCAGAGUGCAAGAUUGUGUUGGUAUGUUGGACAGGACCCCCCUGAUUGCAGCAGGGUUAAUCGGGGCUCUCUUCUUGAUGGUCAUCACAGCUCUUGGUGUGGCCGUUUAUGUCCGCCGAAAGAGCAUCAAGAAAAAGAGAACUUUACGCCGCUUCCUGGAGACUGAGUUGGUGGAGCCAUUGACGCCCAGUGGUACCACACCCAACCAGGCUCAACUACGUAUAUUAAAGGAGACUGAGCUCAAGAGGGUCAAGAUCCUGGGAACUGGAGCAUUUGGUACUGUUUACAAGGGAAUCUGGGCUCCAGAAGGGGAAACUGUGAAGAUUCCAGUGGCCAUAAAGAUACUCAAUGAAAUCACAGGAACAAAAGCCAAUGUGGAGUUUAUGGAUGAGGCAAUGAUCAUGGCCAGCGUGGAGCAUCCUCAUCUAGUGCGUCUGUUGGGGGUCUGUCUGAGUCCCACUAUCCAGCUGGUCACUCAGCUGAUGCCCCACGGCUGUCUGCUAGACUAUGUACAUGAGCACCAGGAGAACAUCGGCUCCCAGUUACUGCUCAACUGGUGUGUGCAGAUCACAAAGGGUAUGAUGUAUCUGGAAGAAAGGCGACUGGUGCACAGAGACCUUGCUGCCCGUAAUGUCUUGGUGAAAUCUCCAAACCACAUUAAAAUUAUUGACUUUGGUCUUGCUCGAUUGCUGGAUGCUGAUGAAAAGGAGUACAAUUCAGAUGGAGGAAAGAUGCCUAUCAAGUGGAUGGCAUUGGAAUGCAUUCACUACAGGAAGUUCACACACCAGAGUGAUGUAUGGAGCUAUGGGGUGACUAUCUGGGAGCUGAUGACAUUUGGAGGAAAGCCCUAUGAUGGCAUUCCUACGCAAGACAUUCCAGACAUCUUAGAGAAGGGCGAGCGUUUGCCCCAGCCACCCAUCUGCACUAUAGACGUCUACAUGGUGAUGGUGAAAUGCUGGAUGAUUGAUGCUGAUAGUCGGCCUAGAUUUAAAGAACUCGCUGCAGAGUUCAGCCGAAUGGCGAGAGACCCUCAGAGAUACCUGGUCAUACAGGGGGAUGAUCACAUGAUGCUGCCCAGUCCCAACCACAGCAAGUUCUUCCAGAAUCUUCUAGAUGAGGAGGAGCUGGAAGAUCUGAUGGAUGCUGAGGAGUAUUUGGUUCCUCAGACCUUCAGUAUCACUACCUCCUCUUACACGUCAAGACCACACAUGGAUACUAGUAGAUCUCAGCUGCGGUGUCGUGAUACAGUUUUUUGCCCAGAAGAUGGGAUGGGAGCCUGUUCCCGGGUCACUGCUGUUUCAGCAAGUGGCAUCUUUGUUCCACUAAGCACACAAGGGGCAGGUCUGGACUCUCUGAAAGAGCAACACUGUAACGGAAGCUUGAAAAAACAGCUCGUGUCUGGCCCAGGGCAGGAUUCCAGUGGCCAGCGCUACAGUGCAGAUCCCACUGUCUUUCUAGGAGAGAGGGGACCCAAAACCAACAUUGAUGAAGAUGGUUACAUGAGUCCAAUGAAAAAAUCAUCCUCAGACCAUCUUAGUCCUAUUGAGGAGAAUCCUUUCGUAACUCUACAGAAAAAAGGAAAUAUUAAUGCACUGGAAAACCUGGGUUACCACAGCACUCCUGAUAGGAAACCCCAAGGUGAGGAUGAGUACAUCAACAAACUCCUUUACCUCAACUCUUACAACAGCAACAGUGGGAUGAACCAGGAGAUUCUGAGGAAAAAUGGAGCUUCCAUCCCACUGCAGAUGACAACAGCGGCCAACACUACAAACAGCCACUUUAUCCUCACCACACAAACUGGGAAAGCCCAUCACCAUGGCCAGGGAACACAUGUCCAUUUUGCUGUUCCACCUGUUCAGUCUCCUCCAACAAGAUCAUUGAGCCAAAAUGAUCAGUAUUCUCAGUCGCCACUUGGUGUUGAAGCCAAUUCUUCGAGCAAGUCUGACAAUCCUUCCCUGUUAACACAAAUCUCCCUCAUCAACCAACAGAUCCAACCUUGUCUGGCAAGUCAGCCUGGUUGUGCAACCCAACCCAACUCAACCCAAGUGGCAAAGUCUGCAGUCACAAUUAAGAGUAUAUCUGGCCUUCCGGGCCACCUUGUCUAUUCAGGUAACAUGUUUCAAACAGGUCAUACUGGGACUGUAAUGGUUGACAGGAAAUUGAAAAAGAAUUUCGAUAAUCCAGACUACUGGCAGCACAGUCUACCCCCCAAGGUGACCCAGCCAAUCCCUCAAGAUCCUUCACAAGGCUCCAAAAGCAAACAUCUCUACAGGCACAGUAUCCGAAGUCGAAUUGCUAUAGCUGAAUACCCAGAGAAUAUUUCAGAGUUUAACAAGAGACCAGGAACAGUCCUCCCACCCCCACCAUAUCGGCACAGGAAUACAGUAGUGUAAAACUGCAUUCUCCACUUUCUGAAGCCAGAUUCCUCAACCAGCACCUAUACCAACAUAUACUUAAAGGAGUAGUUCAUCCAAAAAUGAAAAUGUUGCUUCAAACCCAUAUGACUUUCUUUCUUCCUUGGAACACAACAGGUGGAUUUUGACAGGGAUUAUUCGUUAUUUAAUAAAAAUGAAUAGUGACUCUGGUCUGUCAAGCUCGGAAAAGGACAAAGAGAACACCAUAAAACCACACUUAAAAAUAAUCAAUACGACUCAUGUACUAUAUUCCAAGUCUUCUAAAGACAUAUGAUUACUUUGUGUGAUUAAUACAACUAAAUUUAUGAGGUUAUUUACUCUCAAAUCAACUAAUUAAUAAAGCGCUGAAAUCAGAUAUGGUGGCUACAUUGAAAACAUCAAACUGUCAUUGGUUCUUGUUGCAUCCGUGAUCAAACGUGUCACAAUAAAAUGAUUAUAUGGCUUUGGAAGACUUGAAAUAAAGUGUAUUGAAAUGAGUCAUACUGAUUACUUUUAGUGUGGUUUUAUGCUGUUUUUUUAUAUUAUUUUUUAUUUUUUUUUAUUUUGACAUAUUGGAAUUAGUUUUUACUUUCAAUAUAUGUCAAAUAAUCCCUGUGAAGACUAUUUUAAAAAUGGAGCAACAUUUGGUUGAGUACUUAAUGGCAGAAUUUUCAGUUUGGGUGAACUAAUCCUUUAAUCCUCUAUCAGACAUUAAAAUGGAAUUACUAAAGAAUUACUCAACAGGAAAACUCUCAACUUAAAAAAAAAAAAAAAAAAAAAAUUGCCAGAGGAAUUUGAGACAGAGAUAAACAAGAGGAUAUUGGACUUUAAAGGGAAUACUUAUCAACCAAAGUGCCUCUAAUCUAUUCCAAAAACUAUUCAACCUUUUUUAGUCUAAUAAUCAGAAUAUAACCUGACUGAUACUCCUACAACUUAGAAGUGAAAUGGGACAUGGUCCAAACUGACAAGAAACUAGAAAACUUCCUCUUAAGGUUUUAGAUGCGGGAAAUGGAAAGUGUAUUUCUGGUGUCAUACAUUUAUACUCGGAUAAAAAUGCUAACAUACUGUAUGUUGACAGUGCAACUUCUCGCUAGUAAAUUGUCUUUUUGGCCAUUUUUCAUCCAUCCUGGAUUGUUGUGGUCCGUAUAUUGUUGGUUUACCUGAGGUGAACAACAUUGCUAUUUUCUCUCCUGCUUUUGCCUCAUUUAUGCUUGAAGCAAAUGGUGGACACAGCUACGUUAUAUAUCUAGUAGCCUACAGAGCCUACAGGAACGUUAGGGUAACUCUUGGAUGUGAAUCAGACAAUGCCAUGGAUUGACUUGGUGCACUCAUCCCAUUCUCCCAACCCAUCCCAAAUGUAUUAAUGGACUAACAAUGGUUGGAUACUAUUUAUUUUCUUUCCUGUUGUUCUGUGUCAUGUUUUUUUUUUUUUUUUUUUAAAGAUCUUACCUGUGUGCCCCCAGUUUUGAAAUCUCAAAUAUAGGAAUUAUUAACAAAUCUGAUACAGACAGAGCACAUGGGGCAGCCAUAUCACAGUGCUUCAAGUGCAGACAGGAAAUAAGUGCCUUCCUCAGUGACACAAAAGGUUGGUGGAAGUGCCAGAAGAGAGAUAGUAACUGGAAUUUGAACUACUGUAAAUGUAUAAUAUUGUAUGUAUAAUAAAUGUGCAACAAAUUUGAAUAUUUACUACUGAGUCACCUAACGUAUGUGCAAAAAAACUUGCCAAGGACUGGGAACUAUGUAUUGAAAAAAAAUUGUAUUUAAAAGUAAUGAAUUUGAUAAAGAAAAUAAUUUAACGACAAAACUUAUAUACUAUUGGAAAGCAAUAUUACAGAUGAAUUAAACUCAAGGAGGGCACAAAACAAACUAAAAUAAACUACUGAUCUCCAAUGGAGAAUUUUUCAUUGUACUGUGACAGAAAAUACUUUUGUCUGAAAUAUAUACCUGCUCUCAAUGAGAGUGUGACCGUAUUGUGGCCAGGGAGACAUUGUUCAUAUGUUUUGCAGACUGUAAUAGACUUCCAUCACUACUUAUCACUACUAUGUCAAAAAGUCAUAGCAAAUAAGAGGUUGUGACAAAUGUGUGCAAAUUAUGUCCUAAAUGUAUCAUGCUAAUAUUAUGAGCAUUUGAUUUGCUUUCGACUGAACAGCUAUGGGAGAUGUAGCUAGAUUUUUGGGGGCUUUUCUUAUUGUUUGCCUUGUACUUUAUUUGGUUUUGGGACUAUAUCAAAAUAUGCAUCUCAUCCCUGUUGUAAUUCUAUUAUUACCCCCCCCCCCCCCCAAAAAAAAGGUUAGUACAUUUCCAAAGAUUCUGACAUUUUAUGGUCUAUGAGGGCCUUUUUAUGUUGCAUGUUACAAGUACCACCCUUUUCCACUCUAUUCAGGUGUAAUCCAUUACUAAUCUGUACUUUCCCUUGUAAAAAAAAUAAAUAAAAAUGUUUUAUUGGUAUGAUGAUUCAGUGAUGGUAUCAGAUGGUACUUGGAUACGUACUGUGCCUUGAAAACACUAAUAAGUUGACUUUACUUAAUGAAUUGAUUAAUAAACUCG